CCUCCCCCUCGCUGUCUCGCUCGGCCUGCGCUGCCGCUGCCGCCGCCGCCGCCGCCGCUGCCGUGGGCCCGGCUCCGCUCCGCCUGCUCCGCCGCCUUCCUCCCUGAGCGCUGCCAGGCCGGCCGCCAUGGCGAACGUGGCCGACACGAAGCUGUACGACAUCCUGGGCGUUCCGCCCGGCGCCAGCGAGAACGAGCUGAAGAAGGCAUACAGAAAGUUAGCCAAGGAAUACCAUCCCGAUAAGAAUCCAAAUGCUGGUGACAAAUUCAAAGAAAUAAGUUUUGCAUAUGAAGUACUAUCAAAUCCUGAGAAGCGCGAACUAUAUGACAGAUAUGGAGAACAAGGUCUUCGGGAAGGUAGCGGCGGAGGUGGUGGCAUGGAUGAUAUUUUCUCUCACAUUUUUGGUGGGGGAUUAUUCGGCUUCAUGGGCAAUCAGAGCAGAAGUCGAAAUGGCAGAAGAAGAGGAGAGGACAUGAUGCAUCCACUCAAAGUAUCUUUAGAAGAUCUGUAUAAUGGCAAGACAACCAAACUACAACUUAGCAAGAAUGUACUCUGUAGCGCAUGCAGUGGCCAAGGUGGAAAGUCUGGAGCUGUUCAGAAGUGUAGUGCUUGUCGGGGUCGAGGUGUACGCAUCAUGAUCAGACAGCUGGCUCCAGGAAUGGUACAACAGAUGCAGUCUGUGUGUUCUGACUGUAAUGGAGAAGGGGAGGUAAUUAAUGAAAAGGACCGCUGUAAAAAAUGUGAAGGGAAGAAGGUGAUUAAAGAAGUCAAGAUUCUUGAAGUCCACGUAGACAAAGGCAUGAAACAUGGACAGAGAAUUACAUUUACUGGGGAAGCAGACCAGGCCCCAGGAGUGGAACCAGGAGACAUUGUUCUUUUGCUACAAGAAAAAGAACAUGAGGUGUUCCAGAGAGACGGAAAUGAUUUGCACAUGACAUAUAAGAUAGGACUUGUUGAAGCUCUAUGUGGAUUUCAGUUCACAUUUAAGCACCUUGAUGGACGUCAGAUUGUGGUGAAAUACCCCCCUGGCAAAGUAAUUGAGCCAGGAUGUGUCCGUGUAGUUCGAGGUGAAGGAAUGCCACAGUAUCGUAAUCCCUUUGAAAAAGGUGAUCUUUACAUAAAAUUUGAUGUGCAGUUUCCUGAAAACAACUGGAUCAACCCAGACAAGCUUUCUGAAUUAGAAGAUCUUCUGCCAUCUAGACCAGAAGUUCCGAACAUUAUUGGAGACACAGAGGAGGUAGAGCUUCAAGAGUUUGAUAGCACUCGGGGCUCAGGAGGUGGUCAGAGGCGUGAAGCCUAUAAUGAUAGCUCUGAUGAAGAAAGCAGUAGCCAUCAUGGACCAGGAGUGCAAUGUGCCCAUCAGUAAACUCUGCAAACAAAUUGCACAGGUGGAUUUUCUUUCCACACUUGCCUGGUUUGUUUUCAGCGAUCCAGCUGGUCAACCCAGAUGAACUGAUGGACAUCUGUUGGUCUAUGUGUAACUUUUAAAAUUGGUAUAGUAUCUACAGAGUGUAUAAUUUAAACUAACCACAAAGCUUUACAUCUUCAUUUCGACUGUUCUGUAGCAGAAUAAAGCACUUGAAAGGAAACAAGACUCCCUUUCACAUGUGGGUUAUAAGUUUCAGUCCUGGUAUCUGUGCUUGAUUUUUAUCAGUUUUGUGUAGAUUUUAUGUUUCAUAUUUUAAAUUCAAAUCCCACAUUGUAAAGUUUGUGUACAAUUUGUCCUGAAGCUUUGUGUUUGGCUGCACCUGCAUAAGCUGCUACAAAUAGAAUAAAGAAUUUCAUAGCCUGUAUCUAUCAUUUAGAUGCAUGGAAAAAUGGGCUUUGCACACAAUGGGUUUGGAGCUGACUGGGAACAAUGGAAAAAAUAACAUUAGCUGAGCUGUGGUUGUAAAGUUUGGGGUUUCUCCCCCGGCCCUUUUUUUUUCCUUUUUUUUUCUUUCUUUCUUUUUUUUUUUUUUUACCAUCUUGUGAAAGGUUUCUGAAACUCAAUAAUAAAAAGCAGUUGGUGUAAAUUACUCUUUGUCUCACAUUUUUAGAAGGAAGAAGUAUUUUGAACUGUAAAAUCUAUCCUUAAACUGGAGAAUGUACCCUUAGUUCUGGUUCUUAAACAGCCCUUAAAAACCCAUUGGCCUGAAGCUUAUGCCUCAGGCACAUGCCCAUUUUAUAGUUUCAAAAGAUAAAAGAGAGUUUGAUAUGUUGGUAGAAACAGGCUUUAUUGGCUUCAAUUAAUGCUUUGUAGAGUCAAGGAUAUCUGAGUUAUGUAACUUCUAAGUUAUGAUCCUGAGCACUGGGGCCAGGUUAACCUGGCCUGUAUUUCCUCACCUCACCCCCUUUUUAAAAAAAUAAGGUAACAGUAAAUCAAUAUUAGAACCAUGUCUGCAUAGAACCUGUUAAAAUGCUCUGUUUUCAUUAAAUGUUAAGUUAAAGAUUCUCUUGUGUCCAUUAAGUUGAAUAUUUGAGAUUGGGGGGAAGCAUUGAUUACUAUUGUUUUAUAGAAAAGUAAGACUCUUAGGCUGGUAUGAGAAAAAUCAGGUAAAACUACUAUGAAAAGGAUGUUGUAUUGCUCUUCUUUCAUCUUCUACCUUCUUUUCAUUCCCAGAGUAGGUAUUUUUAGAACACACUUUAAUUUUAGGGAAAAGAGACAUCAUUUAUAGAUUUUACAUUUGUAAAAGGACAAAUGGGAGAAAGCCGAAAACUAAAAAUUUUCAAUGUAUUAUGCCAUCCCUGAGCCUAAUUGUAGUACUUGUAGUUUAUUUCUAGGUCUGCUAGAACCUGAAUGAAAAAAAAAAAGGUGUCCUGGCAUUAAUCAAGGCCUUGAGGUUUAAAUUAUUGCCCUAUCCACUCUACCUCCAUUGUACAAAAACUAUUUUACAACCAGCCUGGGCAAGAUGCAACAGCAUAGUAGUUUUGUAUCCAAGGUUACUUCCCCACAACAACUUUAAGUAAGAAAUGCAGUGGCAAUACAAAGUUUGUAGCCUUUCCAAUAAAGGUUUAUAAAACAUUAGAGCUGUUCAGUGUAGUCUUUCUUUCAGUUCUACCCAGGUUUUUGGACUACAGUAGAGAACCAUAUGGAAGGGGAAUAAAACCUUGUUAAGGUCUGUUAUUUCACUGAGUCUACUGGCUCUACGUUGUAGAGCAUCUGUCUAAAGAAUAAGCAUAUAUCAUCAGUACAAAGAACCUUUUAUAACAGCUUUAUUGAAAUAUAAUUCAUAUAUCAUUAAAUCUACUUUUUAAGGAAUGUGUGCAGGGAAUUCCCUGGUAGUCCAGUGGUUAGAACUUUGCUUCCACUGCUGGGGCCCUGGGUUCUAUCUGUGGUCUGGGAACUAAGAUUCUGCAAGCUGCGCAGCCAAAAAAAAAAAAAAGUGUGCAAUUCAGUGGUUUUUAGUGUAUUCACAGUGUUUUGCAACCAUCACCACUGAUUCCAGAAUAUUUUCAUCACGCCAGAAAAGAAAAAUCCGUUAGUAUUUACUUGCAAUCUCUAGUUUCUAAGUAUUUGCCUAUUUCAGAUAUUUUCUAUAAAAUGGAAUCAUGACAGUAUGUAGCUGUUUGUGACGUGUUCAUUUAGUAUGUUUUCAAGGUUCAUUCCUGUCAUAGCAUGUAUUGGUAUUUCAUUUUUAUGGCAAAAUAAUACUCCAUUGUAUAGAAAUACCAUGUUUGUUUACUCAUCCAUCAGUUGGUGGACAUUUGAGUUUUUUCCAUUUGGAAUAAUGCUGCUGUGAACAUUCAUGUACAAAUUUGUGUGUGGACAUGUUUAAAAUUCUUUUCGAUAAACCUAGGAGUGGAAUUGCUGGGUCACAUGGUAACUGUUUAAUCUUUUGAAGAACUGCCAAACUUCCAAAAAGGCUGCACCAUUUUACAAUACCACAAUAUAUGAGGGUUUCAGUUUUUCCAUGUAACUGCCAACACUUGCUGUCUUUUAGUAUAGCUAUCCUAGUGGGUAUGAAGUGAUUUUGAUUUGCAUUUCCUACAACUAAUGAUGUUAAGCAUCUUUUCAUGUACUUACUGGCCAUCUGUGUGUUUCUGGAGAAAUGUCUAUUUCAGAUCCUUUUCCCAUACUUUAUUCAAUAGAUUUUCUUACUUUAUAACCUUUUUCUGUUCUAGGACACCAUCUUACACUUAGUCAUAUCUGCAUAGGUUCCUCUUGGCUGUAACAGUUCUGAUUUUAUUUGGUUUUGAUUGGUGACCUAGACAAUUUUGAGCAAUAGUAGUCAGGUAUUUUGUAGAAUGAACAAUGUAAUAUUAGUAUUAACAUGUAAAAGUUGAUUCUGAUAGUACUAGUUGCAGGAAUGUAUCAGUAUGAUGUUUAAAAGAAAAACCUGUUUUCUCCACUCAUAACACUUGAUACUACCUGGAGUUAGACCCCACAGGUUAAGGGCUCAGUCCCAUAAGACUGCCUGGUCUUCAGACACCAAUCACAAGUCCCAGAUUGUCACCUGUACUUUUGACCAACUGGUUAUAAAUGCAGGGUACCCACAACCCCCUCCUCGGUUUCAGUAAUUUGCUAGAAUGGCUCAUAGAACUCAGGAACACUUUUCUUACUAGAUUGAUUACCAGGUUAUUAUAAGAGAUACAACUCAGGAACAGCCAAAUGGAAUAGGGUCUAGGGGUCUCCCCUUCCCAGUGGUCUAGGGGUGGGACCGAAAGUUCCAACCUUCUUACCAUAUGGUUGGUUCACUCUGGUAAGCAGCCCCCCUCAUUAAUAUAAACUCAGGAAUAGCUGAAAGUGGCUUGUUAUAAAUUUAAAGACACAUCACUAACCCCUAUCAGGAAGUUCCAUGGGUUUGGGGAGCUCUCUGCCAGGAACCAGGGAUGAAAACCAAAUUAUUUUUCUUAUUCUAUCACAGUGUCACAGUGUUAUAUUUCAGUGAAACGGCUGCAUAUUAUAAACUCUGUCAAGGCACGUGUAAAAGUUAUUUCUAAUAGUCUUACUUGCAUGAGUGAAUCAUUGUGUACUUUGGGAGAAACAUGGGAAACUUUGCUCCCACCAUCUGCCAACUUUUUGCUUAGUUGUUCAAUUCCAGUAUACACGUAUGGUAGUAUCAGAAUUGUUAACCCAUACCCACAUGGGAAAAAAAAAAACCUAA